AUGGCAAAGUUGGUGGUUUGGUUCUACUACUAUUUCAAGACCUCCAAGACACAGACAAACCUUAUGUUCGAAAGGAAUAUUAAAUGUCCAACUGACAAGGAGAUUAGUCUUAGAGCCUCCAGUGAACUUCAUAACAUGUCUUAUUGUCCCAUGAGCAGCAAUCCCUGGGCCAAGAGAGACGCGUGGAGAUACGAAGGCCAGUUCUCCAGAAUCAACAGAUUCAAGUCGGCCUUUCCUGGGCUUGGAAUCGCCACCGUGGCGUUUUCUGCGUACUUGGUUUACGAUAAGUUGAUCAAGAAGCCUGAGGCUGGCCAUCAUUAG